AUGGACGAUGGACUCGUGCUCAACCUAACAAACGACGAUUUACCGGCAACGUCUAAACGUGGGUCCUCUUCAAAGGGAGGAAGAUGGACAGAUAGGUUAAAGGCGAAAAGGGUGGAAAAGAGGAAGUGUCGGCCAAGUCAAGUUGAGCCUCCUGCCAAACGUGCUCGCCUCGAAUUCGACCAUGGUACGACUGAAGCAAAAGUUCAACACACACAUUCCCAAGUCGUCUCAUCACUCUUCUCUUACAAUCCCAAGAUUGAAGCACCUAAGAAGCACCCUCCGACCAAAAAACUAUCUAUUCCGAGUAAUGCACCCCUUACAGACGCGUCUACUUUCUCCGGAUUGGGAUUAAACCCUCUAUUAUGUGCACAUCUUUCGACCAAGAUGGGUAUCGCUAAACCGACCUCGAUCCAACGUGCUGCAUUACCUCCCAUUCUCUCAACUUCACCCGAAUUCACCGAACGGGACAUCUUUAUACAAUCCCAAACAGGUUCAGGAAAAACACUGUCUUUCCUUCUGCCUAUACUUCACGAUCUUCUACCCUUUGGUUCGCUUUCAUACAUCGAUAGGAAGAUCGGGACACUGGCGAUCAUAAUUGCACCAACGCGAGAGCUUGCCACCCAAAUAUCGGAAGUUCUGGAAGCUUUGCUGAAACUCCGUCUUCGUGGGGAGGACGAGUUUGCCGAUGACGAGACUGUCUCACGGAACACGCGUUGGCUCGUUUCAGGAUUAUUGAUAGGUGGUGCUACAAAGACUCACGAAAAGGCACGCCUACGGAAAGGUCUGCCAAUUGUAGUAUCUACGCCCGGACGUCUUUUAGAUCACUUGCAAAACACCAGUGCAUUUAACGUAGCCAAGUGUCGAUGGUUAGUCCUUGACGAGGCUGAUCGCUUAAUGGAACUUGGUUUUGAAGAGACCCUUCAGGGGAUUCUCAAGGGGUUGGACGGUCACCGUAAACUAGCUCUGCAGGCCCAGAAGGAAGGCAUUGGGAAAGACGUUGGCGGAUGGGAUUGGGAACGCCGGAGAAGGACAAUUCUCUGUUCUGCAACAAUACGAGAAGACGUGCAGAAAUUGGCUGGCACCACCCUCACGGACCCUCUGAUGAUAAAAGCAGCCGCUCCAGAACCUGACUCUAUCACCCCCACACUGUCCAAUCCGUCUGCAAGGCCCAACUUCGUCCCACCUUCCCAACUCACUCAGAAUUAUAUGAUCGUUCCGCUCAAGUUGAGAUUAGUGGUCCUGAUUGCUCUUCUGCGGCAUCUAAUUGCGAAAUGUAAGGAUCAAACUGGAAAAUUUAUCGUCUUCGUCAGCUGUACCGAUGCUGUCGACUUCCUUUGGGCUCUUCUGGGAGGAUCUUCAAUGAGCGGAGAGGAGGAUUCCGGUGGCGGCGAAUCAUCAGAGAAAGAAGACUCUGACGAGGAUACAGCUGGAACCAAGGCCACUCCAAUCUCAGUCAAAUGUUCACUCCUCCCCAAUACUUCUGUCUAUAGACUGCAUGGUUCAUUGAACACACAGACUCGCCUUGCUUCUAUACGAGGAUUUUCUGGUAAUCCCAAGAAUGGGCCUCAAUUUUCUAUUCUCCUCUGCACUUCAGUUGCUUCCCGUGGUCUGGAUUUACCCCUUGUUCGUGGGGUAAUUCAAUACGAUUUACCGACAGAAGGAGGCGCCACCGAGUAUGUGCACCGAGUUGGUCGAACAGCAAGAGCCGGAAAAGGCGGUGAAGCCUGGAAUAUUGUCGCACCUAGUGAAGCCGAUUGGGUUCAAUGGGUGGAAGGGAAAAUGCAGGCGCAAAUUGACGGGAAAGAUUCGAUAAACUUAAGGGGCACUGCUGCAGAGGAAAUGCUCAGAAUGGGAUUCGCUGGGAAAGAAUACGAGGAGCGUGCUACACAAGUACAGCUUUCAUUCGAGAGAUGGGUAUUGCGCAGCAAAGAGAAUCAUGGACUAGCCCGUAAGGCCUUUCUUUCGCACAUGAGGGCCUAUUCGACACAUCCAUCCGACGAGAAGCACAUGUUCCAUAUUCGACACCUUCACAUCGGACAUUUAGCAAAGUCCUUUGCUUUACGCGAAGCUCCCAAAGCAGUCACUAGUGCAUCUGGAAAACACAAACUGAAAGAUAACUCCACGAAAAAGAUAAAGCACUCAGGAGAAACAAAGGAGGCUGGCUCGGGUGAUGCUGAGAAACGGAUGCGUGCUAUGGUGCGCUCUCAAGGUCGACAGUCGAAGAAAGGUGGCGUCAUGGAACGUUCAGGCACAUCUGAGUUCCAGAUUGCAGGAGGGUACGAUCUGGAAAAACUUGUUACAUCUCGAUAG